AUGAGGCAUUGGAUGCUUGAAGAUAGCGAUUCAAAUUCAGUUUUUUCGUCCAGUGGGGUUCUUCUAUCCCGUGACCUCGAGGACGCCUUCUCUCAAGGCCCUGUCGUCCUCCGCGACGUGCUAACAAACUGGAAAACGAACCAGUACCCACUCGAAUCGAUACCCUCGACUCCACUCGUUGCUUACCUCCUCGACGAUUUCUACACUUCUGAACGACUCUCCAAGGAUGGCUCGCGGGCUCUUGGGGGUAUAGAUAAAAAGGAACUCAAUCUACUGCUACCUAUUGCUCGUGAACUCGGAUUCGUCGUCGCCCUCGCAAACGCGGUCCACCAUAGGAAGGGGUCCUAUCACCUUACGGAGUACGAUCGUGUCGAGAUGAACGCGCUGGGAGAGGAGGAACAGGAGUAUUGGAAGUUGGUUGAAUGCGAGGAUGUCGAAGAGGAGACAUAUGCACUGGGAACGAUAUGGAGUCUCGAUGGGGAAGAGAGAAUAAUUUUGGAGGGAGGGAAGGGCGUUGAGGAGGACAACUUUGCCUUCUUGAGUUUGUUUCGGAAUCGGUACCCUGUUGAAUCGAGGUAUCGGGAGUCGGAUGGGACUCUUGAGCACUGGUAUCACAGUUCUGCACUCAUCGUCUACCGCAAGGAAGACGAAGCAUACGUGAAAUUCCAGCUCGCCGGUGGGAUCGCAUCUCACAUCCGCCUCCUCGACUCUUCCCAACUGUGCUCUCGGCACGAAUCCAAAGAGGUCGCCGCGUACGUCCUGCGGGCUCUAAACGACACUCGGAACUUUACUCCCAGCCCCAUCGACAGCAGUGGCUCCCUGUUGACCACCAGUUCCCCGGAAUUCUCGCAGGUGGACAUUGCAUUAACUUUGUUGGACAAGGCAAUCGAAUGGAGCGAUGAAUCGCUUUGGAAUGGGGUAAUACCGAAGACAGGAUGGAUGUACGCAACUAUUGGAGAGGAUAGACUCGUCCGUGCGCUGGAGGCUUUCGGGUACAUGCCUCUUCGGCAAAGUGUGAAGAACAUCCUGAAAGCAACACCUAAACUCAUCGAUCGGAAGGCUGUUAUCGACCUAGUUUCAGGGUACCUCCCCUUUAACAGUUGUUCCCGCUCGAAACCGAAACCGAAAUCGCCACAUUCGAACUCCAGUUCACCUUCGUUAUCCUCUGAUGCUUCAUUCACUUCGCAAAGUUCGCCUUCGCUCUCUGAUACAUCUCUACUCAGUGAUUCUUCGUUCAUCUCCCUCUCCGACAUGUCCUUCACCUCCUCCUCCUCCUCCUCCAACACUGCCUAUCCUUCUCAUUCCAACUCAAGCCGUGUCCGUCGCGAAGAAGCACGUAAACAAUGGAUAUUGAAAGCCUAUCGAGAGGCGUUAGAGAGCUAUUUUGCGACUUCUAGAAAGGUGGACGAUGAUGUCGAGUGUGCGGUGUGGAUGAUAGUGGAAUUGAUGGGUGGGAAGCGAGGGCAGGCGGGUGUGGAAGGUCCAGGACUUGUAUCCUAG